AUGGGUGUUUGGUUUACCAAGGGUUCUCUUAGUUUACACUCUUUCACAGAUGCUGAUUGGGCAGGGUAUCCCAUUGAUUGGAGGUGUACUAGUGGCUGGUGCAUCUAUCUUGGUCACCAUUUAAUCUCUUGGUCCGCUAAGAAACAACCAACCGUCUCUCGCAGUUCCACUGAAGCUGAAUAUGUGUCAGCCAUUCAUCUUGCUUCUAAUCCCGUCUUUAGUGCAAGAACCAAACGUAUCGAAGUUGAUUAUCAUUUCACUAGAGAGUUGGUUCAACACGGCUUCUUACAAAUUCGGUUUGUUUCCUCUGCAAAUCAGCUUGCAGACAUUUUCACGAAACCUUUAUAUACUGCCAGACAUGUCUUUCUUCGUGACAAGCUUACAGUGUGCUCUCCCCCUUUCAGCUUGAGGGAGGCUAAAGACAGUAACUAG